UCCACCCAGACCACCCUCUAUCCCUGCUUCAUAGGCCAACCAAUCCAACCCCAGUCAGAUUUCGAUGCAAUGCGUGCUGUGGUGAUUGCUGUGACUUGACCUACCGAUGUGAGCUCUGUGAUUUUAACUUGCAUGUGGAAUGCACUGGACAAGUUCCCACCAUAAAAUAUGAAAAUCAUAGACACCUUCUCUUAUUGGUGCCGAAGAUGGGGGCUGAAGCUAAGUGCAAUGUCUGUGAAAACACCUGUGAUUCUUUAAUACUCCGUUGUCCUCGGUGCGAUUUCAAUCUUCAUGUUCAAUGUGGUCCAUUACCGAAUACCAUCAAACAUAAAUGUCAUGUAGAUUCUCUCACCCUUACAGAUUCCCCUGUUGAAGACGAUUCAGAUGAUGAAUUCUACUGCGAUGCUUGCGAGGAAAAAAGACGUCCACGAUUUCCAAUUUACUAUUGUGCAGGUUGUCUAUUUGUAGCUGAGGUCUCUUGUGUGAUCUCUGAGGUUAUGCUAUGGCUCAAAGGAGAAUAUGGGGAUGUGGAGUUGAGGUCACCCGAAGGAAAAUUUGCUGGAAAGGUGAUCAUCGAAAGAACAGAGGCAAUGGAGAUGUGCAAAAAAGAAGCAGAAGAAGCAACCAAAAUACUUAAUGAUCCAGAAGCAGAGGAAAUGCAGGCUCUGCAUGAUCUACUAACUUUGGAUCGAUUAUUAAAAUAUGAAAAUGUGUCGCGUCAUCUGGAAGUAGGAUAUGGAAUCAGAAGACAAAUUAAGCCACAAAUAGGGGGAACGGGUGUUUUAACCUGGAAUGAUAUACUAUCUUCUUUCAGUGAAGAUGAGAAAAAGGAAUUGAAGGAAGUUCUAAUGACAGAAGAUGUACAGGAAGAAAGUAUCGAUGAAGAGAACUCAUCGGAUAGCCUAGAUAAUUCCUUGUUUUUGGACAAAGCAUUCACAGAUUUAAAGCAAAAGCUUGGAUCCGGGCCUAAGCAAUUAAUGGACUUAUGGAACAGAGAGGAGAAGGUUGUUAAUGUAAGGGAUUACUUAGUGCCUCAGAGCUUGGCCCCUAUCCUAGAAAGCUUGUUUGAGAAAGAUGGGGAUGUGGGUGCUGAGACCAGUUUAUCUUCUAGGGUAAAGAUGUAUCUAAUUGUCAUAUUAUGUGGGACCAUAGAUAGUGUGUGCUGCACCAGAAUUUUGGAUAUCACAGAAGAUAAACUAUUGAAUUGGAUGCAGUACUUGAGGGCUUUGGAAUAUGCAGGGUUCAAAAUUCAGUUUGUUCAUGAUCAGUGGAUGAGAGUUACAAAAGCUUACUUUGGACUCCAGCUUAGAAAACUAGAAGAUGACACCCUUCAGGAACUUGAAACAGAUAUCACAAAGUAUGAUGCAGAAGUCAAGGAACUGACUACAAAAUUGGAGCUAAUGAAAGACAAACAUAAGCGUAUAACAUCUGAAAAAUCUGGGAAAAGGUCGAGCUUAAUCGAGGAUUGCUUGAGAGCGGCUGCCAAGUUGAAGUGGAAGAAAGCUGGCGCGGGUCUAAUUAAGCUGGGCUAGAAAAUCUGUA